AUGACGAACCAUGCGGAGAAUUUUCCGCAUUCGCACGCCCACCUCCCCGCUUCCUCCGCCUCUCCUACACCACCGCAACAGAUCUCCGCCGAUCAGCUAACUGCGCAAGUGCAAGCGCAGCCGCAAUCGCAGCCGCAAGCGCAGGCGCAGGCGCAGGCGGCAUCGACCAUGGAUUUGCGCGUGCGCCUGUUGAACGGCGCGGUGCAGCCCGUGCGCGUGCCACGUGGCAUCACCAUCCACAAGCUGCGCGCCGAGCUGCAAACCCGCGGUCUCAUCCCCCCCAACCUCCCCGCGCGGGACGUGCGCCUUAUCCACGUCCCCUUCUCCGCGGCUCCCCCGGCGGCUGGCCGUUCGGGGGAAUCCGCGGGGCCAUCUGCGCAAGAGAGGCGGACGAGCGUGAAGGAGGUGGCGGAAGCGAGCGGUUACCUGGGGGGGGUUGGGGGAAGUCGGCCAAAGGUCCUUUCGUCGAAGCUUCUAACAGUUGGAGAGUGUGGUGUGGAUAGUGGCGACACUCUUGUUAUCACCCGCAUCCGGGCCCCAACACCUUGCCAGCUGGCAGCUCCUGAUUCGUCCGCAGAGACUGCAGCAGCAGCAGCAGAGGCGAUUCCGACGAGGGAGAGCAUAGACCGGGCCAUUGAAGCAGAGUGCGCGAGGAGAGGUGUUCCUCUACCUCCUCCUCCUGCUGCCACCUCCGGGCUUGGAUUGCAUACCACCACAGCCGCCGCCGCCGCCGCUGCUAUAGCUGCUGCUCAGCGGGUGCGGGUGGUGGCAGAUCCGGUGCUGGUGGAUCGCCUGGCAGAGAUGGGAUUCCCGCGCCUCAUGGCCCGCCAUGCCCUGCAGCUGCACCGCAGCAACCGCGUGGCAGCAGCGAUAGAGUGGCUGAUAGAGAACCCAGACGCGGAGGAGCAGGCACUGCAGGCAGAAUCCGCCGCUGCUGAUGCGCCUGCUGCACCUGCUGGGCCGGGGGGACGGGGUGGGGAAGGGGGUGGGGGAGGUGCAGCAGGAGAAGCAGGGGCAGCAGGGGCAGCAGGAGCAGGGGGGGCUGGAGAAGGAGCGGGAGGAGGAGGGGAUGAAGGAGGAAGCGGGGCGGCAGCAGGAGGUCUUGCCAGUGGGGAUAGCACAGGGGUCUCUUUAAGUGCUGGUGGUGCAGGAGUUGACGCUGGUGCUACUGGUGCAGCUGACAGUGGUGCUGCUGGUGGUGGUGGUGAGGGGGCUGGGGUAGCAGCCGGGAACAGCGAAGGCCUGCCUGCAGUCGCAGCAGGAGAAGCGGCCGAAAUGGAUCCACCUUCUUCCUCAGCAGUGGCAGCAAGUGGAGGGAUGAUGUGUUCAGGGGUGAGUGGCGAGGCGGGAGCAGCAGCACCAGCAGGAGCAGCAGGAGCAGGGGCAGUGGCAGGGGCAGCAGCAGGUUCGGGUGUACCCAUGGGUGUGGCAGCAGCAGCAGCAGCAGCAGCAGCAGUGCAAGAGGGAGUGCGUGCAGGGACAGGGGAGGCGCCGGCAGCUACGUUAGGGGACUCUCAACCGCCGUUACAGGGGGACCUGCCUGCUGAGUUGAGAGAGGCAUGGGCUCAGAUUGCAGGCAUGCAUGUGGUGAGUUCUAUCAUUCACACGUAUGCUCCGGUUAUUCCACUCGCUGUUAUUAAUCGGCCGGGUUUCCUAAGAAAGCGGCCACAGCACAUGCCAAUCCGUCCGUCCUCCCACUUCACUUUGGAUGAGCGGUCGGUGCGUGCGUGGAACCGAAUGAUGGCCCUCCAGACCAUCAUGGGCGCAUCCGGCUCAACCUCUCCGUCUCACCUCUCCUCCUCCUCCGCCUCCCUGCCACCGCACGAAGCUCGGGACCCUUUUGUGGUUGAGGUGGAGGGUGGGGAGGGAGGGGAGGAGGAGGCCAUGGAUGUUGAGGGGGCUGCUUUGUGGGCCAUGGCGAAUGAGAUGCUUCGGCACGGGCUGACUAACCCGCGGGUCCGGCAGGCAAUCAGUGACAUGCAGGACAACCCGCAUGCCAUUUACACAUUUCUCAAUGAUGCAGAG